CUGUCACCGUGUCAAAUCCAGACUUCCGGUAUAUCCAAAGACCUUUGAUGCGAUUACCACCUUUGUACUUUUGAUCAUUGACAUAUCAGAACAGAUGGUUUUGUAGCAUUUCUGUAACUUAUCCGUGGAAGUAUUUAUUCAUGGUGAUAGAUUCUUGACGGAACAUCAGUAUGACGAAUGAAUUGAAACAGUUUCAAGAAUGGGUUGAACUCAAUGAUGUUCGAUCGGUUGAUGGGAAGAUAAAUUCAUCAUCGAGGGAUAAAAUGGUAAAAUUACUUAACACACAAUUAAACGGGAAAACAUGCAUAGAUAUAGCUACAGGAAAGAAUGUUGGCCUUGAAAUGUGGAAGUUACUUUUAAAUUGUUUCAACGAAAAAGAAAUUUUCGGUAAAAAUGUAAAAUUAGACUCAUUUGAACAGUUACUGCAGAGUCCUACAACACCGGGAAAUGCUAAUAGCUCAUCUACUCCCUCGCAUCAAAUGCAAAAAGUGGAACAUUUCCUGGAUGAAACAUGUAAGGUUGAAAAUGAAAAUAUCAAACAAUUGAGAUUGCGGUUUCUUUGUGACCUCUGUCGGAUUCAACCAUCCUGGUUUUUUACAAGGUUUUUUACAUCAAACGCAUCAGAAGAUGAUGUUUUAAAGCUAGCAACAAAACUAAUUGAAUCGUACAAGUUUGAUCUUCUUAACAGUAUGGAUAUGACAUACGGGCUAUAUCCAAUGCACUGGGCUGUUAUGACAUCAAAUAUACCACUACUCCGUCUGUUUUUAAAGUUUCGCUGUGAAGUGAAUUGUGAAGAUCUCAUGCUACAAGGUACACCCCUUCAUCAUAUACAAACGAUUAAGGGACACACAAAUAUUCUUGAAAUAGUAAAUAUACUGGUAGAGCAUAGAGCUGGAUUGUAUUUUGAGAGAAAACGUCGAGGAUACACGGCUCUUCAUUCCAUUCUAAUCAACUUGAGCAUAUCCGACGUAAGUUACUUUCUGUUAAACCACAUUCAAGAAAUUGUAACAGAAAGUAUGCCGUAUCCUGCCGUUCAUGGGUUAAUAGUACAUACUGUUACGUCAAUUUCGAAACAUAAAAACGGACUAGAGGCUGAACGAAGUAGAGAAGAAAUUCAAGUUGAAAUUGCUGGAAAAAUAAAAUUCUUACACCAGAGAGGAAUUGACAUACACACGAAGGACAUAAACGGUAUGAAUAUUCUACACUAUGCCUGUUGGUUUAGGUAUACAGUGUUAGUGAAAUAUUUAUUAUCAGCCCCGUUCGUGAAGCGCGAUCGGUUAUUGGUUGGUGACAAAUUUGGAAGAGGAUGUUUGUUUUAUGCUGUGGACUACCCAGCACUAAAAAUAUGGCCUGACGAUGAAGGAUCACUCACUCUUGAGUAUCUACUUAAACAAAAAAUCGAUAGCAACAAGAACGGCUGUUUUCAACUCAAUGUUGUUGAUCUUGGCCAUUUAGAAUUUAUCAUCAUCAAUUUUUUGCGCUUGUUAAAGAAAAACGAGGCAAUGCAACACAUUGAAUUAUUCAGUAGAAAAUUCAGAAACAUCGGAAAACCGGUUGAUCUUAAAAGCAGAAACAGUAAAGAAAUAUUAGGUCAUGUUGAAGGUCUUGUAAACAAGUUGCAUAAUAGUUUGAAUGAAGUUGUCCCUAAAUAUUUAGAUACGGUUACGUUAUCAGGAAGCGUAAGUGAGGACACUAAAAUAAACCCACUAGAUGAAUUCGAUUUUCUUUUCAAACUUAAAGGAAUAAGUCAAGACGUGUCCGCUGGUAAUUUCACUAUUGGGGACGAAGUUUGCUUGAAAUCAAGGACAAAACAUGUAUGUCACAAUCAAACAUUAAAUCAGUAUUUGUAUGCUAACUUUAACAAUAAUGUUUACAAUAUGUUAAAACAAAAAACCUUCUGGGAAAACCUCCCAUUUUAUUGGCGAACAUGUUAUCAUUUAGGAGGUAACCCGCCUGAUGCAUUGGUUGCACCGUUGUGUUUGAAACUGAUCAGAGACAAUCAACCUGAUCUUGAUGUGGACAUAGAUUUAGUACCUAUCAUUGCCUUAGAUGAUUUACCAGCAUCAAUGAAAGAACAGAUUCCUCAUGAAAUAGUUGAUUUCAUAACAAGAAAGGAAUGGAAAUGGGAUGUCAUCCUCCGCGGAAAGUCGGAUAAUGCUCGAUUAUCAUUCUCAUCAAUAGAAAAAUUUAUAUUGAGAAGAUUAAGGUCAGAAAUAAAAGAUGCUUAUACCCUUGCAAAACGUUUACUUAGUCGUGUUGAUAAAACAACAGAAAUCGACCCAGAAAUCAUAACGUCAUACAUGUUCAAAAAUGCACUAUUUCACGAACUUGACCCGACGAAUUCCUAUUAUCUUUUGGACAACGACAAAGAUAUUUGUCUCCAAACUCCAGAGUAUAUCAACAAUGAUCGGAUAUCAUUUGUUGAGUUUUGGACGUUGAAAAUAUUGAAUAGACUCAUACAGCUGUUUUCUACGGGAAAUGACGUGAAGAUUUAUUGUCGUCCAUCAGUAGGUUUUCCUGACUGUCCAUUUUUUGGGGAUGAUGAUAAUGAUAAUCCAUACAUCAAAGUCCUAAACAAAUGUAAAGAUUUUCUAAAUAACCCUUAAAUCGGCAUUCGUGGAUGUGGCAUCUUUAAAAUUGUGUUUAUGACCACAAACGAGUUUUAUAUGACAGCAAGUUAUCAGGAUAUUAAUACACUGUUUUUAUAAAAAAAGAAAUACAGAAAAUGCAAAUGUUAGUUAAAUAAAUAGAUAAUAGGAAACUCAAAACUACACAUAUAGCUUAUCUGCCAUCAAUCAGUAGAGGAAAGUGUCAGUUAGAAAACCGAAACGUUCAAAGAAACAGGUAAACUAAUUCCAUAAUAGGAUGAACAUGGACAACAUGAAAACUAAAUAAUUUUUUUAAAAACCUUAAAAACAUUGAAGAUAAGUGACGAUUGGCUCACCACAGGGUACUGUCUUGAUUAUCACCCCAUAGUUUCGCCGAAUUGAUUGCAACAUUUCUAUAUUGUCAUCAUUGAUUACUUAAUACAAAUGUUUUCUGAGAAAGUAUGUUAAACUUGUGUGCAUACACUUUGGCGAAACAGUUAUACGAGAAUACGGUUGAGUGGCGACUUCUGAUGUAUUGUUGGUAAAAACAGAAGCCAAAACAUACGACAGACGGCAACAUACAUGAAUGAUUAUUCAAAUAAUAUAUAAAGUAAAUGUUCAACCAAUAUCAAUUGAUUUCCUUUAAAUUUGUUAAGGUAUUGACAAGAAACUGUUCGAUUGUUUUAUACAGUAAAUUUCUUUCUUAAAGUAUGAUUUUCAUUCUAAGAAGCCACAUCCGUCUAAAGCAUAUAAAGGUACAGAAGAAUGCCGAAAAAUCUGCACAGAUUGUCGACUAUUUAUUAAUAAAUCAUACAAAUUGAAUUGUAAUAUCUUUUACAUAUGGCAUCCUGACACCAAAUAACACACGUUUUACCAAAAUUGUCUAUACUUUACCAUGUAUCACGCUACGCUUUUCUGGAGUAACUGCUAUCAUUUGUUUUCAUCACUUUUUGUAGAUGGCUUACAUUUUAUGAGGGUGUUUUGCAGAUUUAGGUACCAUCUGUUUGACGUGUUUUACUCAGUUUGAAACGGGUUUUUAUUCGGCAUUAAGGUCUCCUGAAACAAAAAAGAACAAUACGCACCUUGUCUUUGCUUAAAAACUGAGCAAGGAGUUUUUUUGUCUAAAUAAAUGCAUAGUGCUAUAGUUGAGAGUGUUAUCUAUGCUAUAUUCGUUGGGAUUCAGCAAAAUUUGCGCUAUAUUGAUUGGAAUUUACAACCCGAACAGCUAAUGCAUAAAAGCAAUAGUGAACAGUUGCAUUAUGGAUAAUUAUAAUGAACAAUGGCGAUACUAAAUAAUGAAUAAAGAAUACUGGUGAUGAUGAAUACUUGUUAUAAUGAAUAGUUAAUAAUGGAAACAAUUAAUAAUGAUAUGCAUAAUAGAGAAAGCAUAAUGGCCAUAAUGAAUAAUGCAUACUGGUCAAAAUGAAUAAUGCGUACUGAACAAUGAUUUAUGUAUAAUGCAUAAUGGCGUUAAGGAAAAGUGCAUAAUCAACUAUACCGAAUAGUGGCGAUGAUGACUAAUUCAUAAUGAAUAAUGCAUACUUUUAAUAUAAUGCAUAUAUGAAAAAGGUAUAAUGAAAAAUGC